AUGGCUUCAGUGAGUGUCUACAGGUCCUAUGCUAAGUGUGUCCUUGGUACCAAGACUUUGACCCUCCCCACCCAGGACAAUGGGUGACUGCUGACUGUGCCUCCCAAAACACCAAACAUCAAACGAAAGACAACUUAGGACAACUUAUUAUUUAUUUACAAUUCUCUUAUAUAACGUAAACGCAAAAUCAAAAUAAAUAGGUGAAACUAAGUUAACAUAAGUAAGUUGUCAGUGUUUGUUUUCCUUUAAAGAAGUCGUUCUUACUAAUAAUUCUUUCUGUUUAAUAUUUAGUGAUGAUUUUAGCUCUGAAGUCAUGAAAGUUAUAAAACCAAAAACACUGGACACCCCUGGUACAACCUGCAAAACCUGGCAGUUACUAAAGAAAAGAAAACACUUGGGGAAAAACAGAAAAAAACAGACACAAACAUAUUGUAGCCUAUAAAAGUAAUCUGUUAAAUAUUUUAAAAUGUUUUUUCUGUUUCGGGAUUUAAAAAAGAUCAAGUACUUUAAUUUUUAAUUUGGAAUUGCGGUGUGUCUCGGAAGCUACAAAAUGAUUUGUAAAACCGUUUGAAUUUCGCUCUACUUCUGUUUGAUUUGUCAUUUGACAUGUUCCAGAAUGUGUCGAGGUGUUACGUGUUCCUGAUUUUAGCAAAAACGUGUCAGAAGGAUUUGUUUUCUUUCUACAGGCCCGCGAUAAAAGCUAGCUAGUCCCAAUUAUUACAAAAUAUUGGAAUAAUUUAUGUAAAGAGCAAGGAGUUUCCUUUCAAACCUCAAAAAAGCACAAAUCUUGUAGCUUGAUACUGUUGUCAAGUGUUUGGCAGUCUCACAAUCACAGAGGAGGGUUGUAAAAAUAACAGUAAGAAAAAAAAAAAAAGAACAAAAAAAUGAGGGAUAUGUUCUUUUAAUAGUAGCUAACAAUUCCGUCUAGCGUCUUUAUUUGAACUAACCAUUUCACCUCAAAUUGCCACUGAUUUUGCAUUCUCUUAACCGUACACUGAAAAUAUGAAGUUUUAUAAAAUAACUACGCACGUUCUGAUUGCUUAAAAACCUAUCGUUUACUGUGCCAGUAAACGCAUAGAAAACUUAAAGUUAUUUUACAAAAGCUAAUCGACCACACUUUCUAUGGCUUUACCGGCGUGAUAUCCCACGCAGGAUGCUGAGAAAACGCGAGAAAAGCUUGUAAAUCACGAAAUAUUAUACAAAGAAUUACAUGCCUACAUGUCGAAAGUCAAGCCAAGGACAAAAGAAAGAAUCAGAUGCAAACUCAAACUAAAUGUGACGAUUCAUUGAAUAUGGCCGUGGCUUAUAGUUUGCGUUAUAACGAGUAUCGAAUUAUAAAACCAAUUACUUUCUACACGAAAGGGGGUUAAAGGAAGUUACCAAAUUCCAGGGGAAUUACUUUGACUACAUGUAGGCUGUUUGGGAAAAUUAUUCACAACGACUUUAAAAUCCAGAUUAAAUUGUUGAAUUAAAGAAAAUCUAUCAUAACUCCAAAAUAGUUUGGAUUUAGACCAAAAGAAAGAUGCACAGCUAUAAUGUUUAUCUUAAAGCGUUUGUUGAUAGAAACAUUCACGAAACGGUAUGAGAAUGUUUGACAAUAAGUGUCGAUUCAUCAGAUAUGCGAUAUUAACAUAAAUACGGAAUCAGAAGAGGAAAUUUUGCAAGGUCAUUCAAAGUUUGUAUGCGUCAGUGAAAUAUUGUAUCCAUAUUGACCUCGACAAAACAACAGAAACGUCUCAAGGAACAAAACAAUAAGACAUUUGGGGAUGAACUAAGUGCUCUGUUGUCCUCCUUAUUCAGAAACGAUGAUGUACAACAUUUUCAAAAAAGGUGAAUGCGAAAGUGAGCAGUUAGGAAACCGGCCUGCUGUUUGUAUGAUCUCUUAAUAAUAAUUCCAUCUUCUAACUUCUAUUCUGUAACUGAUUCCCAUGAGGCCCUGGCCUUACGUCAUUAAAGACAAAGAAAUCAAAUGUCAUCAGUGAUAUUUAGUGGCAGUUGUCAGAAGAAAAAGAAAGUAUUCUUACGUUAGUUAGCUAAAAGUAGCUAUUAUUCUAAUGUACACAGAAAGACUCACUUGUAAACCUUCAUGGUUUCUUGAGACUUCCCCGCCUCUAAAUCUUAUUCUAAUUCUAGUGCUUAUUAUUCUAUUUCUUAUUAUAAUUGCGUAAUCUACCUCGAUCGUCCUGAAUGAUCUACAAAUUGCCACUAGAAAGUGUCUUUUAUUUUAUUUUCAGAUGAUACUAAUUUAGCCUUGAGCAAUAAAAACCGUGACAUAGGAACUCUAUAAGACACUAUGAACCAAAUGACCGGCAUUUUGGCCAAAUAAGGCUGCUGUAGACAUUAUUACCACUUAAAACGCUUCAUAUUUUAUAUAACAUGAGCUAUGUAUCAACACUGGGCAAGUACUUAUCUUACUAGACUAAAACCUAUUCUCUCAAAACAAAGAAAUAUCUUAACAGGGUUAUGACUUUUUCAAAUUAUAGAGAAAAAUCACGACCACUCUUUAAGUCUCUGAAGAUACAGAAUAUCUUUGAAUCAAGUACUUAUCUGACAGCAGUUGAUUUGCAUUCAUAUCAGGAUUCUAGCAUCCGUAAAUAA